CCAUGUUUUUAUCGGGAACCACAGACGCUGGGCGAAAUAGGGAGACUGGAUUGGAGGAUUUCUCCUUUCUCUUCAUCCUUGAAGUCAAGGACUUGUGCUGUUUUUCGUUUAAUAAGUCGGACCUGGGAAUGACGUGACAGCCUUCUUAACCGUGCUUCAGUUUCAAGUCAGUAAACAAGUCCAUCAUGGCUCCAGCUGCGGACAAAAAGGUGACGGGUCUGGUAGCAGCUACAUUUACUCCCUUCACCACACAGGGUGAAAUCGAUACAUCAGUUAUUGGACCUUACAUUGACUACCUGUUAGAGAAGCAAGGGAUAAAGAGCAUAUUUGUGAAUGGCACCACAGGGGAGAGCAUGUCUCUUACUGUAGCAGAAAGGAAGGUCCUGGCAGAGGAGUGGUGUCAGAAAGCCAAGGGCAGAAUGGACCAAGUGAUUGUACAUGUUGGUUGCAUGAGUGUUAAAGAUUCCCAAGAUCUGGCUCGWCAUGCAGCACAAAUUGGGGCUGAUGGGAUAGCAGUCAUCGCCCCGUUCUUUUUUAAGCCCAGAACUGCAGAGACUUUGAGGGCAUUCAUGAAGGAAGUUGCUUCAGCUGCUCCAAAUCUGCCUUUUUAUUACUAUCAAAUCCCAGGGCUGACUGGUGUCCACGUGAAUGUGAGAGAUGUGAUCGAAGGUAUCGAGGAUCUGAUUCCCUCCUUCAGAGGCGUGAAGUUCACUGGGAGUGACCUCAUGGAUUUCGGCCAGUGUGUCAGUAACUGCCAGCCAGAGUGGUCAGUCCUGUACGGAGUGGAUGAGCAACUGUUAGCAGGUCUGGCUAUGGGAGCCCACGGAGCAGUUGGCAGCACAUAUAACUAUAUAGGAUGUCACGUCAACAAGCUCUUAUCUGCCUUUGAGAAGGGUGACCUUGUCCAAGCCAGGAGCAUACAGUUCAAAAUGCAGGAGCUUCUGAGUUACGCCAUGAAACUUGGCUUUGAUGUCGGAGUGAACAAGCAGCUGAUGUCGGAGCUGUCGGGUUUGUCUCUGGGACCCCCUCGACUCCCCCUGACGCCGUGUCCUCAUGAUCGCAUCGAGCAGAUCACUCAGAAAUAUCGCACCGUGUUUUAAAACCUUGUGAAUUUUCUUGAUGUUUUUUGGUCAAUACCUCUCACGGGACAGCAACAAUAUUACAGCAAAUAAUCAGCGCUGACGUACUUUAACUUUAAAACAUCAUUUAGAAAUAAAAAUGAUUGUUACUGAAUCUGUCUUAACUUGAACUUUCCUUAAAUAUAUUUUUCUUUGAGUUGAACUCAUAGCAUUAUCUUUUUUUCCAAGAGUAACUGUAUUUUUGGCAACUUUGUAAUGAAAUGAGUUGUUUUGAUACAGUAUAACUGGUUAUCAGGUUUCCUUAAUGGAUUUUGCAAAUGUGACAUUUUAGAUUUUACACUUGAAACGCUAAAAAUCUACWGUUUGUAAAAGCAUGGUUGAAUCCUUUUUUAAAAAAGCACCUUUUAGUGUAUUGUGAGACAAACUACUUUAAAAAGCUGAAGCAUUAUACAUUUUUGUUCAAAUAGGGAAGAUGGUCUUACSCAGUUUGAUUCAAUCUAAAGUGAAAGAUGUUUUUCUUGUCUUUAUUCUUGAUUUACCAUUUAAUUUCAUGCUACUUUAUGAAAAAGUAAAAUAUUUUUGUAAUGGUCUAUCUGAACAUCAACAGGCUCGUAAAACGCAUGAAAAACGUUUUUGUUGAUGUUUUCUGAUUCACAGAAAAAAUGCGAUGUAGUUUUAACACUGAUCAGAAAUUGUUACUAAUAAAUUUGGUACUAAUCCAAAGUG